AGGAACUCGAGGAUGAACUACAGUCUAAUAAUUCAAUAAAUCAUGUAGUUACAUCUCAUAGAUUAAACACAUCUAUAAAUGAAAAUAGUGAUUUAGAUGAUAUUACUAUUGAGUUCAAUCAUAAUCACGAAAUAAAUGGUGAAAACAAUAAUGAAUCAGACAGUGGUGAAACUUAUUGUGAUUCUGAUGAUAUCAGCGAUGAUUGCGACAGUAUAUCUGAUAACGAAGAAACGUCAUUUGAUGACAGAAUUAUGUUCAAAGAGUCCUAAAUGACAGUGCGAGAUGUUAUGACGCUAGUUAUGGCGCACUCCUUAAGAUUUAAAUUAUCGGAUAUUGAAAGAGAUAGCUUAAUAGAUAUGCUGAAAUUAUCAGCUGGACCCGAUGCAAACGAUCUUAACAUAUCGAAGUACAGGUUCAAACAAGCUUUUGAUCCUCCAGAUAACAAAAUAAUGUUCCAUUAUUAUUGUACUUCGUGUAAAAAGGCAAUUAUCAACUCAAGUACGCAUGACAAAAUAACAAAGAAAGUAGUUGUUUGUUCGAAUUGCUUGGAUAAAAUUAACAUCAGUUUAACAUCUAAAAAUUAUUUUAUAACAAUAGACUUCAAAUUUCAGCUGAAUAUGUUAUUUCGCAAUAAGGAAAUAAAAACAGAAUUUUUUAAGUUUGAGGAAUCAAUAUCGAAAAGACCUGCUGAAAAUGUAAUCAGAGAUGUUCAUGAUGGUGAACUGUACAAAAAUAUUAACAAUAAUGGAACAAAAUAUUUCACCUACAAUGUUGGUUCUGAUGGAGCACAAUGUACUAAAACUGGUAAGCAAUAAUUUUGGCCAAUGCAAGUUUUGCUUAAUUGUUUACCACCCAAGAUGAGAUUUCAAUACGUUCUCCUAGUUGGCAUGUUGAUAACAAUCAAAGAACCAGACAGCGAUAUAGCUAAUUUAUAUUUCUCAAAGUUUCUAGAAGAAGCAUUAUCGUUGUAUGAAACAGGAAUAGAAAUAACAGAUCUUAAUGGCAGACCAAUCAAUCUUAAAUUUAUUGCAUUAUCGUUCUCUUUUGACUCCGUAGCUAGGCCAAUUUUUCAGCGAAGAUUACAAUUCAAUGGAUACUUUGGAUGCUCAUGGUGCUACCAUAGGGGAAUUUAUUACUUAUAGGUGUCAGGAAUUAGAUAUCCAAUGUUUCAUACUAACGAGGAUCGUUUGGUCAAUCAGCCAUUACGAAGUAGAGAAAGCCAUGCAGAAGAUUUACAAAGCGUAAUCUUAUCAAAUAACUCUUCUGCAAGAGGAGUGAAAGGUGAUAUAUCGCUAUCCGCAACUCCAUAUAUCGAUAUGGUGUGGUCUUUUAGUUAUGAUUAUUUACAUGGCACUUUAGCUGGAGUAGACAACCAGUUGUAUAAACAGUAUACAAAAGCAGAAUCUAAAUUUAAGAUAUCAAGUUUUGACAAAAAUAGAAUAAAACAAAGAAUAAUAUCAAUAAAACCAACUCACGAUAUACAUAGACUUCCAGAGUUCGAGCGAAGUAAUUGGCAUGCUGUUGACGUUAAGCAUUGGAUUCUAUGUUACGCAUUACCAUGUUUAUCUGAAAUUCUUGACGAGGAAGCAUUGCUACAUUAUUCUUUACUUGUAAACAGCUUAUUUACAUUAUUAAAGACGGAAAUUACAGCAGAAGAAUUAUCUACAUGUGAACACGAUUUAAAAAAAUUCGUAGUAUUGUAUGAAUAUUAUUUUCAUGAAACGAGCAUGACAUUUAACGUUCAUUCUGUCUUACAUAUAGUAGAAUCCGUUAAGAAGAACGGUCCUCUCUGGGCGAAUUCCACAUUCCCCUUUGAAAAUAAUAUUCAUCAGUUGAGACAAUUAAUUAAUGGUCCUAAUGGAAUGGACAAACAGAUGUCGAGAAAGCAUUUAGAAAGAUUACACUUUAAAACGGGUAAUGUUGAUUACUCGACCGAUAAGAUAUCAAAUUAUUGCUCAAAUUUAUUUGAUAAUAAAAGGUUAUCUACGUUUUUCACUUACGGAGAUCAAAAUGCAGUAGUAUUUGUAGGUAAAUAUUAUUAUAAAAAUAUUAAUGGAACGUCAGCUCGAGUGUACAAAAAAUGUAUAUACAAACAUAAAGUAUUUCACAGUAUAAACUAUACACGUGCGCAGCGGACUAAUGAUUCUACAAUAAAAUUGUCUGAUUCAGAUUUCCGACAAAUCAUAAGUAUUUUGUGCAUCGAUAAGAAAUGUUAUUUUCAACUUUCACGAAUUGAUGUAUAUGAUGAAAAUCCAUUUUACGUAAAUCAUAUUAAAAAAAUUCGAUCAGAAAAUUUUGAACAAUACCGAAUAAUUCCUAUUACUGAUUGUAAGUGUAAAUUAAAUCUGUUAAACGUGCGUAAUACGAGAUAUUUGUGUGAAUUGCCUAAUGACUUUGAAAUACAAUAGGUUCCCUGGUAAAAAUAAUUACUAUGAAUCAUUAAAUUUUCAAUCGAAUUUGAAGCUAAAUCUUAAUAAUCACACUUUUUGUAAUAGAACUCGAUUAAAAUCGAUAGAAUCGA